AGGAGCAAAUAGUUGGAAAAGGAAAAACGAUACAAAUGGGCACACGCAGUUCACGACCGGCACGGAACGAGCCGCCGCACAGCAACUCCUCCACGCCGCUCUACCUCGCUUCGCCGUGUUCUACUCAGCCGUCGACCAUCGCAGGCAAAGACGCACCGUCGAGCGAAUGCACCGAAUCGUGGGGCGGCUCCACGCACCACCACCACCACCGUCGGCCCCCCUCUUCCGGCCUCGAUGACCUACCCACACUUGCCAAGGACGAGACGGCGGCGCGAGAGCAGAAAGGCAACUACUUCAGCAACGACUACAAGCGGCAGCUGGCGCAGCGCAAGGCGGCGAUGCGGUACGCCAAGACGCAGCACACCGCCCAACCCCCGUCCAGUCUUACUCCAGAAAGCGCCCUCUCCUCACAUCUUGGUAAGGAAGACGUUUCACCGGUGGCUGCCUCGCAGGUGGGAGUAGCCCUCAGCGACGACACCGUCGGUGGCUACGACCAUCGCAGCACGGCGCCAUCCGUCGUGUCCGACGCCUCCGUCCGCACGGUGGCACACAAGCCGCUCCCCCGCCAAGACGGGAGCAGCAAGUGGACGCCGACGGCGCGGUGGAAAGCGAAGAAGGACAGUGCGUCCUCGCGUCGCUUGCGGCGGUCAGACGAGGGGGCCGACUCCACCCGCGACGAACGGCGCAGAGAUCUCGACUCGGGUGGGUUUUUUCCUUUCCUUCUCUUUGACGCGUCUUACGCGAACUGCUCCGGCUGGGGAUGGGGGUUGGACGGAGGCGAUGACUGUGGAGGCGGCUGGGAUGGGGGUGACGCCAACUGUCUCAUAUGA